AUUAAAAAAAGUUCGUUGCUCAUGUUUUCUGCUUUUUCUGUUUUCUAUUAUUAUAAACUUUGCAGUGUUUUACAAUAUUAAUCGAAUUUUAUUUCUUAUUGUGCACCGAAAUGGCUACGUUCGAUUUUAAUUCUAUAAAUUCAGCGCUCACAGAUACGAGUAGGCUGGAAACUGGUGUGGAUUUUUCCGGAAAAUCGUUGAAAUUAGACACAGAAAAAGAUGCACAACCAAUCAUUGAUGCUAUCAAUGCAUGCCCUGAUUUACAAUAUCUAACGUUAACUGGUAACACUCUUGGUGUGGCGGCUGCGCAGGCCAUUGCCAAGGCAUUAGAACAUCAUCCGGAGUUAAAAAUAGCUAGAUUCUCUGAUAUGUUCACUGGUAGGAUGAAGACUGAAAUUCCUCCAGCAUUGAGUGCUCUAGGUGAAGGUAUGAUAACAGCAGGAGCUCGGCUCUCGGUGUUGGAGCUGAGUGACAAUGCAUUUGGACCAAUUGGUGUACAAGGACUGGCUAAGUUACUGCAGAGCGAUGUCUGCUCGCAGUUGCAGGAGCUUCGUCUAAAUAAUAACGGUUUAGGUAUAACAGGAGGUCGUUUGUUAGCUGAAGCACUUUCCGCUAGUCCUCGUAAGUUGAAAGUGUUCAUCGCAGGCAGGAAUAGACUGGAAAAUGAUGGUGCGACUGCGCUAGCUAGAGUAUUUCAAGGUAUGGGUACAUUAGAAGAGAUAGCGAUGCCACAAAAUGGCAUAUACCAUAAAGGUGUGUCAGCACUCUCCGAGGCAUUCAAACAUAAUCCUAACCUAAGCUGUUUGAAUUUAAACGAUAAUACAAUAGGCUCUAAAGGAGCUGAGGCGAUCGCGACUGUUUUACCUGGAUUAAAAAAAUUAAAAUCCAUAAACUUUGGCGAUUGUCUGUUGAAGAGUAAAGGUGCUAAGGCACUUGCUAAAGCUUUCAAAGACAAUUCUUUAUUACUAGAGUCUGUAGACCUAAGUCAUAAUGAAAUCGGUCGCGAAGCUUGUAUGGAAGUGGUGGACGCUGUUACAGCGCUACCUGAUGCUACCGAUAGACUAUCCAGAGUCGUACUGGCGGGCAACAGUCUCGGAGAUUCAACAAAUAAGAAGACGAUGAAAGAUAAAUUGGGCCCUUCCGCUGAACUGAGUGACGGUGAAGGAAGCGAUGAAGAAUAUGUAUCAGGUUCAGAAUCAGAAGGUGAGUCGGAUGGUUCUGAUGAUGAGAAUACAGAAGACAGCGCACCAGAAGAUGCACAGCAUGUGAAUACAAUUGUGGAAUUAAGUAGAGAAAUUAAUUUGGAUAGCUCCGGUAUAGAGGAAGUGAAAUCUCAUGUGGAAGUAUUUCUGAAAUCACCGACUGUUGAUAAUUUGACUCGUCUUGGUAAUAAUGCUGCUGAUGUUAUAGAUACACAUUUACAGGUGAUCAAAGACCCAUCAGAUCUGAUCACCGCGUACGUGGAAGCCACCUUCUCAGUGUCAGGGUUGUCAGAGGAGAGCCAGCUCGCUCACCAGGUGGCGCUGGACCUGUAUCCUAUAAUGCUGAAGCGAGCUGGACAGCAGCACGCGUCCGCGUGGCUGUUGGCCAACACCAUGCUGAGGGGACUGGGAUUGAUUAAGUCAGAAAAUAAACAAUACAGAAUACGUUGGAAGACGUCAGGUUGUUAUCGUAUUCUAGCAAUUGCAGUAACUUCUCCCACAUUCCCGAUACCGCUCAAAGAUACUUUAAAGUUCUUUAUCGCGAGCCGACUGACCAGUCUCGCUGAUAGGACUAUAGUGGAACAACAUCCACAGUUGUAUUUGUCAUAAUAUAGAACACAACAUUCGAUUAUAGUCCGAUAAAGUUAUCU